AUGUUGGCCUCAGGCCAGCUUCAGGAGCUUGAUCUACAGGUUCUACAGCAGCAGAAACAGGAGCAGAAAAAAGGGAAGAGUAGGAGCCGGGCCCGGCUUCAAAUUGGAGGCGAGCUUACUGCUGAGCGAGCUUAUAAGCUUCGGGCUGCCAAAGCUGAGCUUAUAGCUCAGAAAGCCCAGGCGAAGGAAGCUAGAGUAGCCCGGCUAGCUGCCAACCAGGCCCGGAAGCAGCUUUAUAGGGCUGGGGUUGAGGCCCGGAAACAGGAGGGCCUCCGGAAAAAGAGGGUAAAAGCUCUUCUUCGAGCUGGCCACCCAAUUCCUCCAGAAGACCAGGACCCAAUUAUCGACCCAGAAGCUGGCUUCCAAACUGGCUUCCAAACUGGCUCGGAAGCCGGCUUCGAAGCUGGCUUCCAAACUGGCUUCCAAACUGGCUCGGAAACCGGCUUCGAAGCUGGCUUCCAAACUGGCUUCGAAGCUGGCUCGGAAACCGGCUUCGAAGCUGGCUUCCAAAUUGGCUUCGAAGCUGGCUCGGAAACCAGCUUCGAAGCUGGAUUUGAGUUCGAGCUUGAGCCUACGAGCCAGCUUGAGCGGGAGCUCCAAUAUGAGCUUGAGAAGGAUGGGAAAUGGGAGUGUGAGUAG